GUGACAACGUCGUGAAAUACAAAGUUUGACUGAAGUGAGGUUAAGCAUUUGCUAGGAAAAGGGGCUGAAAACAUGCCUUCGGACGAGGAAAGUGAGCUGCCGCAGCUGUCGGCCAGCGCUUUUGCGGCCCUGCAGGAGUUUUACAAAGAGCAAGAGGAGCGAGAGGCCAUGGAAAUGUCUGCACGUGAUGUUUCCGUCAAAGGGGACUUUAGUGAGGACUGGCAACUCAGCCAGUUUUGGUACGACGAACGCACGAUCAAGGGACUAGUGGAUAUGACACUGGAAGCUGUGGGGACGAACGCAAAAAUCGCCCUUGUUUCCUGCCCGACGCUUUACACGGAGAUGAAACAGCGGGCAGGGCCCGAAGCCGAAGUGACGCUCUUCGAGUUCGAUCGGAGGUUUGCAGUGUUUGGGGGCGACUUUGUCUUUUACGACUAUCGGUCGCCUUUGAACAUCCCCCGAGAUAAAAGCAGCUACUACGACAUAGUAGUGGCCGACCCUCCAUUUCUAUCCGACGAAUGUCUGACGAAAACGGCGGUUACAAUGAAGUUCCUUACAAAAAGGCGCAUAAUAUUAAGCACCGGGGCAAUAAUGGCUGACUUGGCGAGCAGGCUGCUGGACUUGGAGAAGCACAAGUUCGAGCCCCAUCAUCGCAACAAUCUGGCAAACGAGUUUUGGUGUUUUACGAACUUCCACAAAACGAGGGACGUGUCCUAGCAAUAAACGAAUAAGAUUGAAAAA